AGCUUAUUCAGGUUCUGAAUAUUAGGAUUGGUUGACUCUCACGCAUUAUAAUCUUAUCUUUUUUUCGUGUGAUCUUAUUGAGUGGAGUAUAGAUUCCCCUAGAAACGCGGGUAAACUUGGUCUGUUCCUUUGCUAGAUUGCCAAUAAAAUGGCAUUAAAGAGCCAAGCAUCUCAUGCUAUUGUUCCUGCACAAGGUCGUGCCACUUGUUACAAUGAUAUCAUAAUCAAGGCAAAACAAAUCGAUGAGAAUGAUCGAGAGGAUCUUUCGGGCUUUAUAUUUAUGUGCAAUGGAAGAACAAAACCACUGUGCUACAUGUACCGUGUUUUUGGUCUACCUGCUGUAAAAUUGGAUGUUCUUGAGAAAAUUAAACCAGGCAUGAAGCUUUUUCUGUUUGAUUUCGAAUUGAAACUUCUUUAUGGUAUAUACGAAGCAACCUCUGUUGGAACAUUGCACCUGGAACGAAAUGCGUUCAAUGGUCGGUUUCCUGCCCAGGUGAAGUUCAAGAUCUCUAUGGACUGUUUACCAUUGCAUGAAAGUUCCUUUAGACAUGCCAUUGAAUAUAACUACCAGAAGGGUUCUAAGUUCAAGCAAGAACUCAACAAGCAGCAGGUGAGAUGUCUAUUGUCAUUGUUUCAACCUUUGACAGUGUCUGCACCUAGUUCUAUGCAGCCAAUGAGACUUCAAACCGUGGACAAUCAAUUGAGGCUACCUUUUCCCAAGGAUUCAUUUUCUCAUAUCUUAGAAUCUCAAAAGGUUCAACAUAGCUGGCUUCAGCAAGGCAUAGGCCAUCCAGUGCAUCCAAAUGUAACUCACUUGCCACUCGGUUAUCUGCAACCAAAUUCAGAACCUUCAAAUAUUCAACAUAGUGUCCCUUUUUCACAGAAGCAUUAUUUUGGAUCCACUAUAAACAUGGGCCAUUUGCAUCCAACAACUAUGGUAACACAAGUUUCCCUCACAAAUAAUUAUGAACAGUAUAUGGCAGACAUUCAGCAGCCAUAUGCAGCCGGAAAUGCUACCCAGACCAUGCCAGAUCAGUAUAACAGAUAUGAGACAAUGGGAAUUAGUGAACAACUCAGCAAGAGGAAUAUGUAUCUGUUACCAUCACAGAGAGGGGGGGAAAUUGUUCAGCAGCCGGAUAGUGUUAUUCAGUACUAUAAUUCCCACCCGUCACAUGCAGCCCUUCAUGCAACUACGUCGGUAUUGUCAUGUCCACCAACAACGGGAGUACCCAAAGCUGCAAACCAGACUCUUCCCCUUGCUUACUUACAUCCCUUUUCAUCAUCUCAUCAUUGACUUGGAAAGUGAGAUGAUUUCACCUCGAAUCUGCAUAAUGCAGCAUAUGAAAAUUUUAGUGACCAUGAAAGGUAUAUUUUUGUUUGUCAUGUCUUUAAUUGUUCUACAAUGUGUGAAUUAGCCUUAAGGAGUGUUGAUUUUGUCACUUUAUUAUGUAGUAAAUAAC